UUGCUGGUGGUGGUGCCUGUGGCUAGUCCCUGUCUCCCCGGGCAGUGGAGCAAGAUCUGGGGGGCUGCCCACACAUGAGAGAUGGGUGGCAGUGUGGCUGCCCACAGGGGGGCAGGCUGCUCGCCCAGCUCCCUCCUGGCCCUCCGCCUCUGGGGAAACCCUCUUCCCCUCCGUGUGCCACACCUCCUUCCCUUGGAUGGUGUUCCCGCCUCUGUCAGGGACCGUCCCCUCCAGUCCUGGGCACCACACCCUGUGUCCUGCACCAGGGCUCUGCCUCCCCCAUGGGGUCUCAGCCCUGAGGGUCCAGGGCUGGCCAAGGUCUCCUUGGGUGGCCCACGGGGGUUCCGCAAUUGGGAUGCGGGACCAGCCGGUGCCCAGAAACGGCCUGAAGAUAUUUUAAAGAAAAAAACUGCACAUAAAAAGCCUAAAACCAAUCCCCAUAAGGACAUCCCUUUGUGCUUCAUGUACUUCAUCUUUACGCAGUCAAAAAUGACCCCCAUCAGUGUUGGCUGCUGCUAAUAUUAAUGAGAAGAUGGCCUCCGGCAUCUAUCUGUCUGUGUAACCCGGGGCAAAGCACCUGACUUCACAUGGUGGCUGAGAUCCAGAGUUUUUACAUAGAUCCACUUACCUUCCACGGCUCAUUCUACUCACUCAUGAAAUGGAGAUACCUAACCUCUCAUAGGCUGGUAAGUGAGGAUUCGUGAACGAAAAGGGACUCAACGUUUGCGUACCACCACACAGCGCAGGGACAUCUGUCCCAGACUUGCACAACCUGCACAGCACGGCAUCCUAGAGAGGGAGAGGGCGAGACCUGCCUGUCAUUUCCAUGCGUGCACGCAGCACUCGCUCGCCAAUGACCAAGACCCUAGUUUUGCCCUUCUUUUCCCUAACCUGGAGUUGCAGGCCUCACGGUGCACGCGUGCGCGCCAACUGUCGCUCGGGGGCUCUGGGCUGUCCCCUCCCGGGAGCUGAAAGCCCAUCGCUAUUCACCCUGGUCAACUGACGCACAGACACGCACUGGACGCGUGCGCUCUGCACAGCCUGUCUGCCUUCGCGUGAUUUUUUUUUUUUUUUAACCAAUCAUCGUCCGAAGCGCAGGCACGCCAGUCGUGCGUGUGUUGGAAAAUGGCGGGGAAGGUGGAGCCUUCGGAAGUGCCGUCGCCCCGAGUCCUUGAGGAGGUUGAAGGUCAGACCAAGUCUUCAAAGAAGACUGAAGAGUUGCUGGAAAUGGUGAAGAAGCUGCAGAAAGAGGGAGGCCUAGAGCCCCAGGUCGAAGACCUGAUUAACCGGAUUAAUGAGCUUCAGCAAGCGAAGAUGAAAUCCAGCGAGGAACUGGGAGAAGCCCAAGCUCCCUGGAAGGCCCUGCCUAGGGACCUGGACUCCUCGAAUGGAGAGAAAGUGCACCUGGAGGAGGUUUUGAGCAAAAAAGCAAAAGCACCGAGGACCCUCCAGCUGCACUGCCAAAGGCAGGGAAGUGAGGCUCGGAGGAAGUACAUGUUGGCAGGGCACGUGGAACACAUUUCUAUCCAUAACUCUCAGAUCACAGAGAGUCAGGGACAGAGGAAGCCGGGGUUGCAUGUGGAAGAACGUCUGGAGGAUUUCACAGGCCAGCACCAGGACCCCUGGGAAUUCCACAUGCUGAAGCAGCGACUGGCCUGGGAGAUCCGUGCCCCGCAGAGUAGCAAGGAACAGCUGCUCACCGAAGGUGGGACUCCUGCGCGGGGAGGGGUCGGAGCCGGGGCGGGAGCCGGGGCGGCGGGCAGGAGCUCCCGGCCCCGCCCACCCGCAGAGAGGCAGGCGCGGACCAAGCUGGAGACGGCGGGGAAAGGAGGAGCGGGGGACCGAGGUCCGCCCCGCCAACACCACCCCUCCUGCCCCUCCCAAAAGGGCGGGGCCUCCGCGGGCUGGGCUCUCCUCCCGCCGGGGCUUCUCUACAGUCUUCAGGGUUCAGUGUGUCAGUCGCUCCCUCCUUGUGCCCCCUCCACACUCCCUCUCUCUUGUUCCUCUCCUCUAACCCUUCUCCGCAGGCUGAAGGCGGAGCUGGAGAAAGUCCGGUGGCAGGUCCCCGCCCAGACUCAGACCACCCCAGAGGACCGGGCCGGAGAGGUAGAGAGCCCGGGAUGGAGGCCAGACUGGCCGAGACAGAGCGGGCGGGAUCUGGGAUCCGGAGCCCCUCUGAAGGGGUGUGCGGGUGCAGGGCGUCCUCGGGGCGGUGGGGACAGGGAAAGGGCGGCGCGGGCCAGCGUGGGCGGGCACCAGGGCCCCAAAGCCUGACUCCCAGCCCCCGCAGGCCGACCCCCAGCUCCCCAGCGAGGGUGACCUGGCGCCGCCGGCGGAGCUGGCCCUGACGCCCCCCUAGGCCAGUAGGACCCACCCGGCCCCACCUUCCUUCAAGGCCCGCCCGGAAGUAAAGGCGACGUUUGCGGACCAUCCUCCAAUUCCCCGUCUGAGUCUGUGCCACAGGAGUCAUUGGGGGUGGGAGUCGUGCCCUUCCUCUCUCCGGGGGAAGGGGGAGUGGUUCAGGAAGUCUGGGCGGGGCCUCGCCGGACUCCGCCCCCCACUCCCUCGGCCGGCUCAGGCCUCGGGAGCUCAGUAAACGCUCCCGACAGCUCAAUGACUGGGUGGGUGUCAAGGCCACUCCAUCUCCACGGCCUCAUCUGGGGUUCCUGAACCAUCUGUUUUACCAGUAAGGGCUAGAAGGGACGUGUUCAAAACCCGCUGCAGGUCCUGUCAGUCUCCUGUGGUUCAGAGUAAAAUCCCAGCCUCCCAGAGUCCCUGCAUUACCCGCAGAUUCCCUCGGACCUGCCCGCCUACCUGGCCUCGCCUCUCACACCCUCACACGUUUGCUUCAUGCCACACAGCUGAUUUUCCACCCUUCUCCAAGCACCUUGUCAUCUCACGGCCUUUGCCCUGCUGUGUCGUCAUCUGGGGUGCCCUUACCCCAGUCUCCUCGGACUGCAGGGCUGUUAAGGAUGUCAGCUGCUCAGGAGGCUGGCCUGGGGGACCCGGUUCCAAAGGGCACCUUGCCACCUGCUAAGCACGUGCGGGUUAAAGAGGCAUUUGCUGAAUGUCUGCUUGUGUCCCAGGCGCUACGGUAGGCCCCGGAUUCUAAGUAGCAGGGUCGGGGAGGAUCUCACUGAGGUAGUGGUGCCUGAGCAGGGAGGUGAGGCGGCAGGCGAGGCAGUGAGCCCCGUAGGUGUC